AUGGAGGAAGAGAAAUUAGAGGCAGAUGUUGUGAUCUACAACACAGUCAUUGAUGGUCUCUGCAAAUACAGGCAUCCGGAUGAUGCACUCGACUUAUUCAAUGAGAUGGAGAACAAAGGUAUUAGACCUGACGUUGUUACCUACAACUCCCUCAUAAGCUGCCUUUGUAAUUACGGAAGAUGGGAAGAUGCUGCGACUAAGGGUAGAGGAUGGCAUGGAACUCUUCGUGAGAUGUCUCAAAGAGGAUUGGUUGGCAACACAGUCACUUACAACACUCUUAUCCAAGGGUUUUUCCAAGCUGGAGAUUGUGAGAGUGCCCAACAAGUUUUCAACAGAUGGUUUCUUGGUGUGCCUCCUGAUAUUUGGACAUACAACAUUUUGUUAGAUGGGCUUUGUAAAAACGGGAAGCUAGAGAAAGCAUUGGUCAUAUUCCAGGAUAUGCAAAAGAGUGAAAUGGAACUGAUAUUCACUAUAAUAUUAUCAUUGAAGGGUUGUGCAAGGCUGUAA